AUGUCCUUAGAUCAGCUGAUUGAUAAGGUGGCUCUACUAGCAGCACUGGAUGCAUCUGACAAAGACACAAGAAUAAUGGCCAUUGCUGUCACCUUGCAGAGGACAUCAUGGCUGCAGUCAUCAGGCAUUCCAAAAGGGGUCCAGUCUACAAUUGAGGACCUUUUGAAGAAAGGAGAGAGGAGAGUUCAGCCUACCUUGCAAGAGUGUUUACUUACCUUGUCCCAUGAAAUAAAGGGCCAUCUCACUUCAAGAAGGAUGUCUGGGGAGCGAGCUUUCCUGAAACUGCCCCCACUAGGAAAAUGUCAGAAAGUUACCUCCUAUAACAAGGAGGAGGAUAUCUACAAAAUGUUUACAAAACUAUCCAGACUUCACUGCAAACUGCAGGAUCCGCUGAAGGAGCUGCUUUAUCAGUGCGCUAGUGAGGAGGAAGGAGAAUGUUUCCGCAGCUUCAGCUUUGAAAAUCUUUUAACCGGUAAGGGGCUACACCGUGAGCUUUAUCUUUCACCAGAGCCAGACCACGUACCACUCUGGAAAAGAAAUAUUUCCAACAGGCUUGCUGAGAAAUACAGGCAAUUCAGAUUGAACUUAAAGGACACCCCGAUGUCAGCAGUAAUUGUAAGAUGGAUAAAAAGAAACAUAUUAGCAUCAUAUGACUAUCACUCAGUUAUCCAAGAACUAUCAAGAUUCGGUGCUAUUGAAUCCGUGACACCUUCUGGAAGACAAACAGCUGUAGUUAUAUUCAAAGACAUCAUUUCAGCAUGUAAAGCAAUGAAUGCUUUCCCAGCCAAUGACCCAGGCAGAAGGAUCCAAUGUGUUUGGCAUCACAAAUUCAUGUCUGAAUACAGAAUAUCAGGCCACAGAAAGAUAAAACUUACAAGUUAA